UUACCAAACAACCAACGGCGUGGCUUUACGAAGCUGACGUGGAGUCGACCUACUCCACCCCAAAGGAGGAGCUAUUUCCUGGACCUCAGAAAACAGGCCAUAUAAGUUGGUGGCGGGGAGUACGAGCCUAGAUCCGUCCUUGGAUCUGCUGGUGCUUCAACAGCCGCAUUUUGAGGGUAGAUAGUCUACUCAGCCAUUCUGCGAUCGAGGUUGUGCUUGACGCCCUCGGUGUGAUCCAUAAUUAUCACUCACACCUGUACAUUUGACAUCGUGUAAUAAGAAUUUAUCAUAUUUGCAUCGCCUUUCUCUACUACUUCCAGGGGGCAUCAUCUUGCCAAUAUCGUUCCCUCCUGCGCCACGUUACUGUGAUUCCCAGCCGGCCUGUCCUCCCUUCCUGCGGGAUGAAGGAAGCCCUCGUGGCCCGGUGCCUCUUGGGUCUGGCGGCAAGUGUGGCGACAGCGGGAACUUUCGGGGGCGUGCGGCUGUCAUCCGCGAGCUCAGCCUCACCUUUGCGGCACCUGCCUCCAUUCAACAACUAUAGCGCGGAUGCAUCGGGGGCCGCCAAGGAGGUGCGGCUGCUCUCGUGGCUGCUGGACCAGGCCGCCGCGCCUCACAACCUCCACAUCGUGUACGACGACGAGCACGAAGAUGUCCUGCAGAAGGCGGCGUUGGGGCGGGAGGGAACAUUAAAGGGGCCCUGGACGCUGCUCGGCCCCUCGACCCUCGACCGCCUCCAGGAGUCCUUGGCGGCAGCGUCCUCGCUCCCCGCCAGGCAGACCGUCGCCCUGCUGUGCUCGGAGCAACACAUGAGACAGGUUUUUUCCUACUACCAAUAA